AUGGAGGAUACAAAGGAUCCUCAGGACAUAGAAACUUACUCAAUAGCUUCCAACAAAGUUGGAUAUCACAAUAAUGAUCAUGGUGAUACAAUCCUUGAAAAUGGAUUGAAAGCAGGUCUCAAAGAUCGAAUGAUCAACUUAAUCGCAUUAUGUGGGAUUAUAGGGCCUGGUGUUUUCAUAGGUAUGGGAACGGCGCUUGCUAAAGGUGGCCCUGUUGGUCUUAUUGUGGGCUUCAGUAUUGUAGGAGUACUGGUGUUAUCCAUGAUGGCAUGUAUUGGCGAAUUAAAUUCAGCAUUUGAUUUCCACUUUGCCAUCCAUGGCUCUAGAUACGUUUCACAAGGGUUUGGUGCUACCUUGGCAAUAUACUACGUCAUUUUAUGGGUAACAAAUAUCAUCGGUGAAUAUACCUCAUUAACCUCUAGCAUGGAAGCCUAUACGACCAAAAUACCUACCUAUGGAUGGUACUUAAUCUUUUGGGCCGCGUUCAGUGUGUUCCAGCUUUUUGAUGUCUCCUGGUGGGGAGAGUGCGAAUAUAUCUUAGGUUUUGUCAAGCUUUUCUAUUUAUCAGGCUACUACAUCUUCUCUAUUGUUUACGCAGCCGGCGGCAUCAAGGGACACAAACCUGACAAUCCCUUUGGUACGCACCCUCUGAAGAGUGGCUUCAAAGGAAUUGCCAAUUCAUUUGUUUACGCUGGCGUGUUUUAUUCAGGUGUAGAAGGUGUAUCUGUGAUAGCGGCAGAAGCGCGCAAUCCUAGAAGAGCGAUCCCCAAAGCAGUGAAGAACACUGUGUUUCGAAUUUUUUUCGUUUAUUACGGAUUAACAAUCUUUUAUGGUAUUACUGUUCCUUAUGAUGAUCCCAUUUUGAAUAAUCACCAAUCGGCCAUGAAAUCCCCUAUGACUAUUGCCAUGACUGAAGCCGGAUGGAAAAAUUCCAAAUAUUUCGUGGCUACUAUGAUUUGGAUAACAUGCAUUUCUUCAAUCAAUACAGCCAUCUAUUUUGCAUCCAGAUCUCUAUUCACACUUUGUAAAGCUGGCUAUGGUCCAAAGAUAUUCACUAAAGUUAAUAGUAGAGGUAUUCCCUAUGUGGCCAUUCAUUCUUGCCAUAUUUUGGGGUUUUUAUCAAUAUUAUCUUACAGUUCGGGUUCUUCGAAUGCUUAUAGUUAUAUCGUGAAUGUGGGAGGUGUGGCAUCCUUUAUUGUUUGGACCGGUAUCUGUGUUAUACAUAUUCGAUUCAGGAAGGGAUGGAUCAAACAAGGUUAUUCACUAGAGAGUCUCCCCUAUAAGGCUCCCCUUUUCCCUUGGUUAGAUUAUGUGGGACUAAUAAUUGGAAUUGUACUGACCCUUGUGCAAGGUUGGUCGUGUUUUAAGCCAUUUGACUACAAAGCUUUUAUCGACGGUUAUAUUUUAUUAGCACUUUUCCCUGUAUUUUGGUUCUGCUACGACUUCUUCUAUUUUAAGAAAGGAUUUAUCAAAUAUAAAGAGAUGGACUUUGAGACCGGUAGAAGACCUGAUCUAGAUGAUAACUCUGGACUAGAGACAGGAAAGACGGAGUUGUUGAACCAGAAAGAAACGUCCUCGAUGGAAUUCAUCGUGGAGGAGGUAGAAGGUACAAAAGGGUCCACUUUAAAGGAAAAGAGUUAG